AUGAGUCAUACUGUGAGCAACAACAACCACAAGGAAGAACAACAACAUCAUCAAUCUUCUCUCUCCGAUCAUCAUGAUGCAAAUUAUUUGAAGCAUGGAGUUCCGAACCUCUCAGAAGGAAAGGCUCACUCCAAACAUUCUUCUUACAAGGAAAUGAUUACAGCAACAGCAACGUGUUUGAAAGAUAGUUUUCCGAGUUAUAAACACUUAACGAUUGGUGAUAUUGUGUUCGGAUUGAGUUGUUUGGCCAACGAGCAUUCAAAGAGUGAUGUCAUUGGAGAGGAGAUGAGAAAUCCAAUGCUUUAUAACCGCUCCGAUGAAGAAGAAACAGAUGAAGAAUACAAGUGGUGGCACGAACAUUCGAAUAUUGAUUCUAAACAUCAUGAUCAUCACUCAUUGACAGAACAGUUAAUAUUUGCCAAAAGAAUGAUGUAUUAUGCAAAUUUGGCAUACUACAAUGUCGCUAAUGAAUCGGAGAGAGGAAAAGUUCAAAAAGCUCUUCUUGAAGGUUAUGAAAGUUUGAAUCAAGGAUGGUUUUCCUCCAGUUCAUCACCACAACCAAAAUAUACCAAAAACUCUCUCAAAUAUUUGGAAUCAUUAAGAUAUGAAACUAAUUUAUUAUUUUAUGUAAAUAUUAGCGAAGCCAAUCAACAGGCUUUCUUUGUAAAGAUGGAUCACGAUUUAAAGGCAGUAGUCAUUGCCAUUCGAGGAACUUCACAAUUGGCAGAUAUUUUCACAAAUUUGAGUGCUGAAAAUUCUGACUUGAAAGUCCACCGAUUCUAUGGCGACUACAAGAGAAACCCUGAAAAGAAAAAUCACUUAAUUGACACUGCAGACAUGAGCUUUGAUUUGGAAAAUAAUAAUUCUGAAGAUUUUUGUGAGUCAGAUGAUAAUGAGCAAAUGAUUCAUGGAAAAGUUCAUGCAGGGUAUAUUAACACUGCUCGAUGGAUCUUGUCAAAAAUUCAAGACUUUUUACUGAAAAAUAUAUUUAACCAUUCGAGUACCUACAAAUCGUAUAGAAUCAUUACAGUUGGACAUUCAUUAGGAGGAGGAUUGGCAGCUGUCCUCGCUAUUCUAUUACGAGAAACAUUUUUCAGGCGCUAUAAGGAACAUUUUGCAUCUUUGAAAUGUAAUCAUUCCUUGUCACAAGAACGAGAACCUCCUCACCUACCUGAUAUUGAAGCUAUCACCUACGCUCCAAGUGCUAUUUUUUCAGAAAAUCUCUCAAAUUGGUGUCGUAGUUUUGUCACAAGUUAUAUCAUUGCCGGUGACAUUGUUCCAAGAAUUAGUUUGGGUCAAGUCGAAAAAUUACGUCUUGAAGUUAAUGAAACUAAUUGGGAAGAAAAGUUAAAGAAAUUCUUUGAUGAGCAUUCCAAGAUCGCCAAUGUUGCUGUUACCAUGGACAGCUAUCUCGUGGAAUGGGGAUUUUCUCCUUUAUUUCAAACAAAAAAGACUCUUAUUACUUCAUCUUCAAAAGCAAAUCUUUCUGUUGAACAAUUACCAACUGUGGAUGUACCUGUUUCAACCGCAACAAUAACUAGUACUAUCAUAGAUUCCAACAGUAAUAAGGAGCAAAGCACAGCCACAGAUUCCCAAAAUGGGGAGCAAAUACUCUCUACUGCCGAAGCAGUCACCAAACAACUGACGAAUGAGGCCAUUGAAUUACUAGAAGAGAUGAAUGCAGUCAAUGAGCAAAUACAUACUCUCUAUCCUCCUGGCUCACUCUAUUUCAUUAUUCCAGAUUCAGAGAAACAAAGAAAUAAGGAUGUGACAGAGACUCUCUUCGAAAUGUUUAACGACCAAUUAUUUUCUGAAAAGAAAGUCAAAGAAGCAAAGGAAGAAACAGGUGUCGUCUCUUCAAUUUUUUCAACUGUGAAAACAAUUUAUCAAACUGUAAGAAAGAGCUAUGAAGAAAGCAAUGAAAACGGAUCAUUGGUGAGUGAGGAUCAUUUGUUGGACAUGAAAAACUUUAUUCACUCUCAAACACCAAGUAUAAUUUCGAACAACCUUAAUUACACGAUUCAGAGAGUAGAUAUGUAUCAAUUUGGAAGAAUUGUGCUGUCACGAUUCAUGUUUUCUCAUCACUACCUGGUUGGAUUUAAAACAGCUCUCGAUUGUUUGUUGUGUCAGACACAGGCCAAUCCAAAAUUAAGCGAGAAAUAA